AUGGUUCCUUCACUGGAUUUUGGAGGAAAGCAUGAGGAGGACUUGGGCGUUGCGGAAGUGAAAGUGGACGACGCAGUCUUUCGCAAGAUGUCGCACAGUAUCGACAACUUCAGCGGCAUUACCCUAGAGGCGUGGCAGGCCACCGAGUUUGAGCGCAAAAUGACGUUACGCCAAGCUUUGAGGAUGUAUCCCAAGGCCAUUUUCUUUUCCUUCAUCAUAUCCCUCUCGUUGGUCAUGGAAGGUUACGAUACGUGGCUGCUUGGCUCCUUCUUUGGGUACCCAGUGUUCCAGGAGAAGUUUGGCGAGCCGGUAGGCGACGGAACCUACCAACUGACUGCUUCGUGGCAGUCAGGCCUCCAGGCCGGCAUGCAGGUUGGUGAGAUUGCUGGAUUGUGGGCAGCGGGUAUCAUUGCCGACAGGUAUGGCUACAAGAAAGCGAUGCUUGGGUCCCUGGUCCUGAUGACACUCGCGGUGCUUGUCUUGUUCUUUGCGCAGAACUUGGCGAUGCUGCUAGUGGGAGAGAUCCUGUGCGGACUGCCCUGGGGUGCGUUCCAGAUGUUGGCGACCGCCUACGCGGCAGAUGUAAGCCCAAUGGUCUUGAGGCCGUUCCUGACCACUUAUUGCAACAUGUGUUGGGUCAUUGGGCAGACACUCGCAACCGGAAUCCUGCGCGGACUCUUAUAUCGGCAAGAUGAAUGGGGUUGGCGCAUCCCUUAUGCGACGCAAUGGGUUUGGCUUGCCCCUUUGCUUGUCGGGGUUAUUUUUGCCCCUGAGUCUCCAUGGUGGCUGGUUCGUCAAGGUCGCAUCAAAGAUGCACGCGAGGUACUGCGCUCUCUAGUCUCGUCCAAAGUCAUCGCCGAUCCAUCCUCGUCUUACUCCUUGGACCGCAAUAUCGCAAUGAUCAUACAUACGAAUGAGCACGAAAAGACUGUCAGCGAAGGCACUUCUUACCGGGACCUAUUCCGCGGUAUCGACCUUCGCCGCACUGAGAUCACUUGCGUUGUAUGGGCCAUCCAGAUCGGAUGCGGAAUCUGGUUCGGGGGGAAUGUGGUGUAUUUCUUGCAACAGACCGGGUUCUCAGCGGAGCAGUCUUUCAACUUCGCUCUUGGCAAACAGGGCGUCGCCCUCUUUGGAACGCUGGUCAGUUGGUGGGUCAUGCCGUAUGUCGGGCGGCGAGCUCUCUAUCUGUACGGACUGGCUGUCAUGUUCACGGUGCUAGUCAUCAUCGGGUUUCUGGGCAUACCGAACCCGAGCGACCCUAUCAGCUACGCAAGCGCCGCGCUGCUGAUGGUGUUCACCUUCGCAUUCGACGUCACCGUUGGCCCGGUAUGCUACUGUCUCGUGGCCGAGAUACCCUCGACCCGUCUACGGAUCAAAACGGUCGCCUUCGCGCGCAACUGCUACAACGCCUUGAGCAUCGCGGCCUACUUCUUGAACAACCCGAUCCUCAACCCGACGGCCUGGAACCUGCGCGGUAAGGGUGGGUUUGUCUGGUGCGGCUUUGCUUUCCUCUCCUUCGUCUGGGCUUACUUCCGGCUGCCCGAGCCGAAGGGCCUGAGCGCUGCGGAGCUGGAUGUCUUGUUUGAGCAGAAGGUGAAGGCGAGGAACUUCGGAAAGGUUGGGGCUGAUCCGUUCCGGACUGCCAAUGUGGAUACAGAUGUGAUCGACGAUAGAAAGGAGAAUGCGGCAGCGGUGUUUGACGAGACCAAGCGCUGA